GUCCUUUGGAUUAGGAGGAAGUGUGUGCUGGAGAGCAAAGGAGUAUUGGAGUCACAGAAGACAGAGAGAGAACGAUUGAGGGAGGAAUGCUAUGGCGGUGUCUCAGAGUAGUGUUAGUACGUGGAGUAGUAAGCAGGUGUCUGGCUGGCUGGAGCAGGAGGGGUUUGGGCAGUAUGUGGAGCUGCUGUGUUCUAAACAUCGUGUGGAUGGCCCCAGCCUGCUGACUUUAAGGGAGGCUGACCUGCGUGAACCCCCUCUGAGCCUCACUGUGCUGGGGGACAUCAAGAGGCUGGCCCUGGCCCUGCGGAGGCUCCAAAUACAGAACCAGAAGCAAAUGGAGGAGCUGGGGAUAGGGUUAGAGGGAUUAGGGGCUGCUGCUGGGGGGGACAGGGCCUGUCAUGGGGAAGACUGGGGGGAUCACAGGGCUGACAGGCGGUGUAAUAGAGGGGAUCGUGUGUGUAACGGGGCAGGGCGCCAUCAGGUGGACUGUGGGGUCUCAGGGUCAUGGUCAGGGUCGCGACCCCGGUCAGGGAUGGCGUUAGAAGAAGACCAGUGUCACAUUCACUCAACUGGGGACAGGAAGUGCCUUCUAGGGCGUCUGGACCCAGAGCUGUGGAAGACAGUAGUCAGCUCUGUUUACGUCAUGCUCGUCUUCGGAUUUACCUCCUUCGUCAUGGUGAUCGUCCACGACCGCGUUCCCGAUAUGACAAUUUACCCGCCACUGCCCGACAUCUUCCUGGAUAGUGUACCCAGAAUCCCUUGGGCUUUUGCGAUGGCGGAGGCUUGUGGUUUAAUCCUAGUUUACAUCUUCCUGUUGGUGCUACUACUACACAAACACAGGUCUAUCAUAUUGCGGCGUCUGUGUUCUCUGAUUGGAACAGUGUUUCUGCUGCGUUGCGUCACCAUGUUUGUUACCUCCCUCUCUGUACCUGGACAACAUCUACAGUGCUCCAGUAAGAUGUAUGGUGAUACGUGGUCUAAGGUCCAGAGGGUGUUAGCUAUAUGGAGUGGCUUUGGCAUGACGCUGAAUGGAGUGGAUACCUGUGGAGAUUACAUGUUCUCUGGUCACACUGUGGUACUCACCAUACUCAACUUCUUCAUCACAGAGUAUACUCCUCGUAGCUGGCACCUGAUCCAUACCAUCUCCUGGGUACUGAAUCUGUUUGGUAUCUUCUUCAUCCUGGCGGCUCAUGAGCACUACUCCAUAGAUGUGUUCAUAGCUUUCUACAUCACCACCAGACUGUUCCUGUAUUACCACACUCUGGCCAACACCAGGGCCUUCCAACACAGCCGCCGUGCUCGGAUCUGGUUUCCCAUGUUCUCCUUCUUCGAGUGUAACGUCAACGGUCCUGUUCAUAACCAGUACAACUGGCCCUUCAGUCGGCCUGCCUGUAUGAAGACACUGAUUGGAUAACACAACGCAGCACACACACACACAAAGGUAGGGUUAGGCUUUAGUUAGUGUCAGGGUUCAAUUGGCCAGAUUUGAACUCCAACCUGGGGAAUUAACUAUGUUCUAGAUUCUAAAGAAUUGCAUAUUGUACUUUCAGUAAUAUACAGAUAAUGUAUGGCUAGCAGUAGAUAUUGAGCUGUGUUUAAUGUAUGGCUAGCAGUAGAUAUUGAGCAGUGUAUAAUGUAUGGCUAGCAGUAGAUAUUGAGCUGUGUUUAAUGUAUGGCUAGCAGUAGAUAUUGAGCUAUGUAUAAUGUAUGGCUAGCAGUAGAUAUUGAGCUGAGUAUAAUGUAUGGCUAGCAGUAGAUAUUGAGCAGUGUAUAAUGUAUGGCUAGCAGUAGAUAUUGAGCUGUGUUUAAUGUAUGGCUAGCAGUAGAUAUUGAGCUAUGUAUAAUGUAUGGCUAGCAGUAGAUAUUGAGCUGUGUAUAAUGUAUGUUGUUUAUUGAUGAGUUUAAUCAGUUAGUUGUGUGGUAGUGUAUGUAUCUGGCCAUAUUUAAUGUAUUGGAAUCUGUGCUUUAUUAACAUCAUGUAUGUACACUGAGUGUACUAGACAUUAGGACUCUUUCCACAACAUAGACUGACCAGGUGAAUCAAGGUGAAAGUAUUGAUGUAUUGAUGUCACCUGUUAAAUCCACUUCAA